GGGAAUAAUACUUAUGACUGAGCCUUUUAAGUUUAGCCAAACACUCUUCCCUCGCCCCCUUCACACCGCUCGAUGAAGACACCUAAUCUCAGAGCAUUCAAAUCCCCAAUUCACGAUAGGCAAGAUCCAAGAUGUUACUUUGAUUUGUGAAUCUAUUUGGGAACAAUUCGAAUUGGGAAGCCAUUUCUUGAUAUUAUAAAUACCCUUUCAACUUCUGAUCAUCAGCCCCAAAUCAUCAUGGUUGCACCCAAAAUCAAGAAAAUUGUAAAUCAAAAACAAGAAUCUAAUGAGGAUAAACUCAGUAGUUUACCAGACUGUAUUCUGAUUCAUAUACUGUCCUUUCUCGAUACAGAAUCAGCUAUCAAAACCUCUGUGUUGUCUAAGCGUUACAGACUUUUGUGGACUUCGCUUCAAUGUCUUGAUUUCAAGUUUCAUGGAUGUUCUGUUGAUCGUUUUUUGUCGUUUGUUAACCAUGUUCUUGAACGCAGGGAACACAGCAAUCUCAGUAUGUUUCGUCUUUCGUUGAAAGAGCAGGUGAAUUCGGGCUUUCUUGAUAAUUGUAUUGCUUAUGCGAUGAAACACAAGGUGGAACAUCUCAGAAUCCGGGCUUACGCUGAUGAGCAUUCGCCAUUGACAUUGCCAAGUUUGUUGCUUAACUCCUCAUCAUUGAGAAUUUUACGCCUCAAUAACGUGUCAUGUUGUAGUAUAAUGUUGCCAAAGUCGCUUGCAUUGCCGGGAUUAAAAGUUUUACGGCUAAAAAAUUUUGUGUUUUCAGACGAAAACUAUAAUGGUGAACUUUUCUUGGGGUGUCCUAAUCUUGAGACAUUGAUUUUGAAUAAGUGUUCAAUAAGGCCUGAUGGUGAAGUCAAGGUUUUGGAUGUGAAAUGUUUGAACCUUAAGAAUUUGGAGAUAAGGCAUUGGAGGAGUCCGUGGAGAUGUUUUGAUGAACAUAUGAUUAGUGUAAAUGCGCCUAGGCUUUGUUCGGUUAAGUUUCAAGGUCAUAUUCCAAAUGUAGAUUUCAAGGAGGAUAUCUGGUGUUUAGAUGAAGUUUGCAUUGAUUUGUAUUGUCCAACGGCGUGCGCAAUGGUUGAUGUGAGUGAGAGAAGGCGAAGGACAUCGGAAUUUUGUAUGAGUAUGCUCCAUCAACUAUGUGAAGUGAAGUCUCUUGCUUUGUCGCUGAACACGAUUGAGAUUCUAUCUGCCAUUCCUUAUUUACAAGUAUAUGGACCUUCUAUAUUUCAAAAUUUGAGGUAUAUAAAGUUCAUGGCAGAGGAUAAACAUACAGUGUUGACAAUUCCGAUUAAUACUGUUACACCCUUAUUGGAGGGUAACGUCUCUGAGAUCACGAUAUUGGAUUUGGACGAUCCUAAGGAGCAGCAACUCUUGAUAAAUAUUAAGCGUUCAAGGAUAAAUGUUAUGUGCAAGGACGCGAUGAUCUCUAUACCUAUACAUGUCAUGUCCUACAUACUGGAAAGCUCCCCUUCUGCAGAACUUUUAAUUGUUGAACUCCCAAAAGGUAUCGUUGGACAAGAUCUCAGGAGAAAGAUGUUCACAAGAAAAUCGAUGUAUUGGCAUGCAGGGAUGCAAUAACAGAGUCUGUCUGUAACAACUAUUUCAUAAGAAUGUCUUGGUUUGAUAUUAGUUUGUGAAUUUUGUAAUUUCCUUACGCUUAGCGUAACAAAAAAUGUGCAGCAAACUGCAAAAUCUCUCUUUUUAUCCAAGUAUUAUAGGCAGGCUUGUGGAAGAAUUAAAUUCCUUUGAGGAGUUUUGAAUGAUGAAAUUUGGUAUUAUAUCUGACUUUCUGAUU